UAAGACAAAACUACAACAAAAGUGGUUUAUGGUUUAUCCGCUCACAGUUGGAACUUGGAUUUCUCCGCCUUCUCUCCUAACUCCUUUUCCUCUUAACUCCUAACGAACUACUCUCUCUCUCUCUCUUAUUUUUUCACACAGAUCUUUGUCUUCUUGCAAAAUGCAAUCCUCGGUUUCGUUCUCUUCCUCUGGCAGCUCCUACUCUGCCAUCAUUUCGGGGCCACGUCACUGUUUCCCCGUCGCCGGUGGCAGUUUGAAUCUUCGCUUCUGCGGUCUGAGGCGCCAGGCAUUCGCUUUCACUUCCCUCAACCACCACCGUCGUCAUCCACCGCACGACCUUCCCUCCCACCGGACACACUACAACACAGUAUCCGCCGCGCUUUCCGACAACGGCACCCCUCCCAAAUCGUUUGAUUACGAUUUGCUCAUUAUCGGCGCCGGCGUCGGCGGCCACGGCGCCGCGCUUCACGCUGUAGAGAAGGGUUUGAAAACAGCCAUAGUUGAGGGAGACGUGGUGGGAGGGACAUGUGUGAACAGAGGUUGUGUUCCUUCUAAAGCUCUUUUGGCUGUAAGUGGUCGCAUGCGAGAAUUGCGGAAUGAUCAUCACUUAAAGUCGCUGGGAUUGCAGGUUUCUGCUGCUGGGUAUGACAGACAAGGAGUUGCUGACCAUGCUAAUAAUCUCGCUUCCAAAAUCCGUGGUAACUUGACCAAUUCAUUAAAAGCACUUGGAGUGGACAUACUCACUGGUUUUGGAACUAUUUUGGGUCCUCAAAAGGUGAAAGUUGGCUCCUCCAACAAUGUAGUAACUGCAAAAGACAUCAUUAUUGCCACUGGUUCCGUUCCUUUUGUUCCUAAGGGCAUUGAAGUUGAUGGGAAGACUGUGAUUACCAGUGACCAUGCGCUCAAACUGGAGACUGUUCCAGAUUGGAUAGCUAUUGUAGGAAGUGGUUAUAUUGGCCUUGAAUUCAGUGAUGUGUAUACGGCACUUGGAAGUGAGGUUACUUUUAUUGAAGCUUUAGAUCAGCUCAUGCCUGGAUUUGAUCCUGAAAUUAGCAAGUUGGCUCAGAGGGUUCUCAUAAAUCCCCGGAAUAUUGACUAUCAUACUGGAGUUUUUGCAACCAAGAUCACUCCUGCAAGAGAUGGAAAACCUGUCACGAUUGAGCUCAUUGAUGCAAAGACCAAGGAACAGAAGGACACUUUAGAGGUGGAUGCUGCACUGAUAGCAACUGGAAGGGCUCCAUUCACACAAGGUCUCGGAUUGGAGAAUAUUGAUGUUGCAACACAGCGUGGUUUUGUUCCUGUGGAUGAGCGCAUGCGUGUAAUUGAUGCAAAUGGAAACCUGGUGCCUCAUUUAUAUUGUAUUGGUGAUGCAAAUGGCAAGAUGAUGCUUGCUCAUGCUGCCAGCGCACAAGGAAUUUCGGUGGUUGAACAAGUCACUGGAAGAGAUCAAGUGCUGAAUCAUUUAAGCAUACCAGCUGCUUGUUUCACUCAUCCUGAAAUCAGCAUGGUUGGAUUGACUGAGCCUCAAGCUAGGGAGAAAGGUGAAAAGGAGGGUUUUGAAGUAAGUGUUGCCAAAACAAGUUUUAAAGCUAACACAAAGGCCUUAGCAGAAAACGAAGGGGAGGGUCUUGCCAAGUUGAUAUACAGACCUGACAACGGAGAGAUACUAGGAGUUCAUAUUUUUGGGUUGCAUGCUGCAGAUCUCAUCCACGAGGCAUCCAAUGCAAUAGCAUUAGGGACACGUAUUCAGGAUAUAAAAUUUGCAGUUCAUGCUCAUCCAACUUUGUCUGAGGUGCUUGAUGAACUAUUUAAAUCAGCAAAGACAGGUUUCUAGCUUAGUAAAGGAACCAGUUGCAGUCUAAGCUUCCCGAAGUAUACACUUCACUAGAAAUUUGCUUGUACGAGGGAGUUUCAAGAUAUUUCACAUCUUCAGGCGUAACACAUCAGCACAUUCAAAUUCCUGUAAAGAAGGGAACUUUUGAAGGAAUCAAGCCAAUGGCCUGAAGAAUAGUUGGGCAACGAUAUCUUAUUUUCUUGGCAUAUUGUUAGUGAAUAUUAAAGAUACUUAUAUUCGUUAUUACUCUAGUUAUGGUCGUCUAGACUAGAUGCUACAUUAGGGAAGGGUUUCAAAGAGUGGCCUACUUUUUAGAGUGCUUGAGUUUUGAACCCAAUACAUGGUUUUCAUUAAAUA